UUAGUGGUCUGAUAUGCCUCUUAUGGAGCAUGCCAAGUAAUUCUAGAACAGCACCUACAAUCUUUCCAGUGCCAAGGGUAACUCCAUGUCAACAAUGUCGAGAACAUCGGAAACGCUGCAUUAGAUCUCGAGAUGAAAACAACUGUAACCGAUGUAGUCAGCGAGGAAUACUUUGCUCACUUCAGUAUGACCGUAGUAAUGUCGAAGAGCAACACAAUAUAGAUAGUGAAGAAAACGCACAAGCGUUUUUGAUGGCCCUCAGGUCCAUUGAAGCGCUUGAGGAAGAGAUCUCCAACGUAGAGACGCAGUUACAGCAAGGACAACAACGAAGCCAACUAGAAUGGCAGCCAUCAUCUUCCUCCUUAAGCGACACAGAAUAUGUGAGGAAUCCAAAUUGGGAAGUGAUAAUUCAUUCAUCCAAGUCGCGAAAAUUGACACUCAAUGUUAAUCUGGAACGAACAGCAGAUUUGAUACAGUUUUUAAACAGAGUAUACUUAGAAUUCGCUUCCAACAUCCCCAGACAAUUUUCAGAUCCUCAGCAAGAAUCGUCAGUCUUCAUACCUUUCCCACAUCGGCGUUUUCCACAAGCACUAGUACAGUACGUAAGAGAAUAUUUAAACAGCGAAUCACUACGACAGAGUGUCAAGAUGUACUCGCAGAUAUCUGCGCUCAAGUCCUGUAAUCAACAAAUCACACCGUUAUUAGAACAAUGUUAUUUCAGCUGUGGAGACCCCCUGGCUCGAUUAAUUCAUCCCGAAUUUUACCGCCAAAACCGAGACAAUUCUAUAGGCAAUCAUCUGAGAUUGGCGAUAGGAUGCUCAAUGUCUCUUCGAUAUUGUAUCAAAUCUCCAUUCUUCCACCUACCGCAAUCUGCACAAGCAGAUCAAGCGUCGUACUAUAUGGGUCGAUGUAAUGAAGUCAUGGAAGAGCUGAUGCUGUCAGACGAUCCACCCUUAUCCUUGCCAUUGUUGCUAUUGACCCUGUCUUCCGGGCAUCUUAUGCUUCAAAAUGUGCGGAAAAGCUGGCUGCUCCUAGCUACCGCGCGAGCGUACUUACAACAGCGUAUGAAUAUCUACAUCCAUUAUAUUAAGAACAAAGACGGUCCUACCAAUCCGGAACUGGAAACAUACAAGCUUGCACUUCAUUCGUGCAAAAAAUCAGAUGAACAAGUAUCGUUCCUCCUGCAAAAUAGUGGAGCACAGCGAAUCGUUAGCUUCGAUGAGAUACUCCUGAUGCCAAAACCUGUCUUGGGCGAAAAUGCAUUGCGCCAUGCACUUGUCAAGCAAUCAUUUUUAUGGGAUCUACUGAAAACCCGGUCUAGCUCUUGGAUUGAAUCCAGCGUUCAGUUUACGGACUCCAUUAGAACCGUCAACUGGAAGACUAUUAGACAAAUCAAUAGUGAAUUCACAGCAUGGUACAUUGGGCUACCAUCAGAACUAAAGAUAGGAGAUAAGCCAUUUGAUAUUGUUAAGAUGGACAUUCCUCAAGGCUUGGAUGCAGGAAUUGCAUCUUUGUUAUUGACAUAUUACGGUGAAUGGACCACGGUUUACACAAGUACUUUGAAUCCCAAUACCAACUCUGAUUCAUCCACCGACAAAGCGACUCUUGUGGAGUCCACUCAUAUCACUUUUCUUGCGGCAAUGUCAGUCAUCAAGAUCGCCGAGUUCCUGAGUCGGGUUGAGAUGUGCAAGAUUGAAUUUUACUGGUUACUAUUCGCUUGCGAACCGUUAAUGCUCCUAGCCAAGUCACCAGACGUAUACUUCGCCAGCCAAGCAAGAGAAGGAUUACAAAAAAUGCUCAUGAUUCUAAAGACUUUACUCAAACACAACUUGUUUUAUUCUGUAUAUAAUCACCACAUAACUGGAGAUGGUGACCCUAUGGCCUUGGGCCAACGUUUGGUUGAAAGAAUAUCCAAUCUCUUUUCAACAUAUGGCAUGAAGUUUUAGUAUGAUACCGCAUUUAAUGAUAUAAUUGUUUUAGAUGAAGAAUAAUUUAAUUCGCUCUGUAAAUAAAUACGGCCAGUGUAUCAUUGACGUUCUAAGC